CCUUUAAUCCAAACUGAUUGCCAGCCAUGCGUAGAGAGUGGUGCGCACUCGUACAAGUAAACAUGUACAUACAUAUUAUUUCUAAGUCCAUGACUUUAACCUAUAAAACACGCGAGUAUGGAGCCCUUGAUGUUUAUGAAAGCCAAUCUAUCACACGAUCGACGACGAUGAUUUUUUUAAAUAAUAUCCAGUGUUUCAGCUGUGCAUAAUUAAAAGCUUGUCGAGAAAGAGUGUCAUCGUCAUGUUCUCCUCAAAUGGCAAAUAUUAAUACUUACCUGUUUUCACUCGAACUACACUUGGAAAGCAACUCCCAAAUCACUGUCACUUAUCGUAUAAGUUUGUAUUAAUUAAAUAGUUAAAAAAUGUCAAAUAAAAGAAAGCGUUCUACAUGUUCCGAAGAUUCCAAUGAUACUUUGGAUGAAGACAGUGACUGUUCGAUGAAAGGAAUCAUUGAGUACUACGAUAGCGAGAACAGUGAUAUAUUUCCAAUACCUCUUGAAGUGUUGAAAUGUACAUUUUCAGAUGAUUCGAACAGCGAUGAAUGUAUGAAUACAGUGUCCGAUCAGUGGAAAUGGACAACAAACAAAAAUAAUCCAAAAAUAUGGCAAUAUUCGAAUACAUCAGGUGUAAAUGAGUCAGUUUUAGAAAGAUUAGGUAGUAAUGUCAGUGUUUUAGAUGUCUUUAAUGAAAUUUUAGAUGAACAAUUCUGGCAACUGUUAGUCACAGAAAUGAAUCGAUUUGCUAAUCAGCGAUUAAGUGACAACAAUUAUAAGAAAAAAAGAUUUGAUGAAAAGUGGUUUCCAACCAAUGUGUAUGAAAUGAAAGCCUAUUUUGCUUUGUGUAUAAUUAUGGCACAAGUAAAAAAACCAACAGUUCAAAUGUAUUGGAGUAAAAGGACAGUUAUAUUAACUCCAAUUUUUGAAGAAACUAUGCCUUUUUGGAGAUUUCUAUUACUUUCACGAUAUUUACAUUUUUCUAAUGAAGAAACAGGAGAUCAGAAUGACACACUACAAAAAAUUGGGAGUAUUAUAACUUUUUUUAACAAUAAAUUCAAACAAUUGUACAGGCCAGAGGAAAAUGUAUUCAUGUAUGAAUCUCUUAUGAAAUUUAGAGGACAUCUUUCCCAUAUGCAAUUUGAUUCAACAAGGAGGACUAGAUUCAGGAUUCAAUUUUACAAACUUUGUGAAUCCAAUACAGGAUUCUGUAUGGCAUUCAAAAUGUGUACAGAACAAAAAAGAAAUGUAGUUCAUGACUAUGCAUCAGAAAGUGCAGUAAUGGAAUUAUCUGAAUCAUUAUGGAAUAAUGGACAUACAUUGUUCCUGGAUAGUUGGUGUUCAUCACCAAAUCUGUAUAUAAAAUUACAUGAAAAAAAAGUAAAUGUUGUGGGAACUGUAAGUAAAAACAGAGAAGAUAUGCCGAAAGAUCUAUCAUUAAAGAAAUUGAAGAAAGGUGAAUUUGAAACACAUUCCUGUAAUGGUUUGUUGGCAUUAAAAUUGCGAGAUAAGAAGGAUAUAUACCUUUUAUCUACAAAGCAUGAAGAUGUAACAGUCCUAGAAAGAGAGCAGGCUAAGAAAAGGAUCUCAAUACCUAGUUGUAUAUCUGAAUACAAUAAAGGCAUAGGUAGUAUAGAUCGUAGAAAUCAAUUUUUGGCCUGCUUUCCUAGAAUGAGAAAAUUCGUGAAAGAAUAUACAAAAAUGUUCUUCUACAUGACAGAUAUAGCCAUUUUUAAUGCACAUGUUUUAUUCAAUAAACUGAAUGAUAAGAAAAAAAUGAAUUACAUAGAUUUUCGAACAGAAGUGGUGGAGGCUUUGUUGCGAUCAGUACAACUACCUAAAUACAGUACAUAUGAAAGACCAUCACAGCGUGCAAUACCGUUGCAGGCAAAGCAUUGGGGACAUUUUCCAAGACAUAUACCUUCAACAGAAAAGAAAGAAAGGCCUUCAAGAACAUGUAAGGUAUGCUCAAGAAGAAAGGAAAGAAGUGAAACUACGUGGGAAUGUAAAAAAUGUUUAGUAGCCUUACAUGUUCCAGAAUGUUUCGAAAUUUAUCACACCAUCGAGGACUACUGAUUAGAACAUUAUAUAUUUUCUAUACUUUUUGUAUUUAUAUGUAUCUGUUAUCAAAUGUAUAUUGACUUUAAUGUCAUGUUUAUAAAAUUAAUUAGAAUAUUA